CAUGGCCGCCCCUGCCGAGCCCGGGCACUCGCCCGGCUUCAAGAAGCCGCCGGCGCUGCUGCGGCUGAAGCGCAAACGUCCCGGGCGGAGGAGCGACCCCGCCGCCGCCGCGGAAGCCGCCGCCGCCCCGGCCCCGCGGGGCUCUGCGGCCGCCCGGCGCCGCAACCCCUUCUCCAGCCUGGAUAAUGCUCCGCGGCGGGCGGCGGCCGCCCCUCAGCCUCCGGCAGCGGCCCCGGCGGGCGGGGAUCCAUCGGCAGCGCCCUUCUGGCAGUUUUUAGAGCCGGCCUGUGAGGAGAAGCCUCCCGGGAGAGCAGAGGCUGCUGAAAGUUCUGACAUCCUCGCCCUCAGCCAGGACCUUCACUCACCUCCUGCUGUACCCAAAGCUCCCUCCUCGCCAAGACAGGAAUUCCCCGCGGACUGGAGCAUCAAAACUCGGGUUCUCUUCAUGUCCUCCCAGCCCUUCAGCUGGGCGGAGCACCUGAAGGGCCAGGAGGAGGCGCAGGGGGUGGCCCAGCACUGCAGAGCGGCCGGAGCCGCGCUGCCCCCGAGCGUGCAGGAGCCGCGGCUGUGCUCGGAGCUGCGCUGCGCCUUCCAGCAGAGCCUGGUCUACUGGCUGCACCCCUCGCUGCCCUGGCUGCCGCUGUUCCCCCGCCUCGGGGCUGACAGGAGGAUGGCUGGCCAAGCCUGUCCCUGGGCACAGGACGAGGCCCUGCAGCAGGUGCUCAUGAGUGACUGGUCGGUGAGCUUCACCUCCCUGUACAACCUGCUGCGGGCGCGGCUGUGCCCGUUCUUCUACGUGUGUGCGGCGCAGUUCUCUGUGCUGUUCCGCGCCGCGGGGCUGGCGGGCAGCGCCGUGCCCACGGCCGCCCUGGCGCCCACCACGCGCGGCCUGCGCCAGGCCAUGCGCAGCGAGGGCAUAGAGUUCUCCCUGCCCCUGCUGGAGGAGAGCAGAGCCAGGAGGCAGAAGGGCUCCGAGGAGAGUUCGGAAGCAGAGAGCGCGGAGGGGCGCGGAGGGGGCAGCGGUGAGGAGGAUGCAGGGGAACGAGCUCCCAGCGAUGAUGAUGAUGAUGGAAGCUUCUCUUGGCUUGAGGAGAUGGGAGUCCAAGACAAGGUGAAGAAACCAGACACUGUUUCUAUCCAACUGCGCAAGGAGAAGCACGAGGUGCAGGUGGACCACAGGCCCGAGUCGCUGGUGCUGGUGAGAGGCAGCCACACCUUCAGGCUGCUCAAUUUCCUGAUCAGCUGCCGCAGCCUGGUGGCGGUGGCGGGGCCGCAGGCGGGGCUGCCCCCCACGCUGCUGUCCCCGGUGGCUUUCCGGGGCGGGACCAUGCAGACGCUCAAGGCUCGCACUGCCAGCGGCCGCGCCCGGGUGCCGGGGGGCUUUGAGGACGCCUUCAGCCUGGAGCUGCUGGGGCCGGUGCUGCCGCACGCCCUGCACGCCCUGACGCUGCUGCUGGGCCCGGCGCAGCGCGGCUCCUUCCGCGCCCUGCUCAGCCCCCACGAGCCCAGCGCCGCCUUCAACACCCGCCCGGCCCCGCCCCAGGAGGAUGUGCAGCAGGACCUGCCUGCCUGCGGGCUGCAUCCCAAGACUCUGGAGCAGCUGAGCCAGUGUCCGACUCUGGGAAAAUCCUCCCUCCGCCUGCUGGAGAUGAAGGAUUACGCCUACACGUGGAAGGCCUAGGAAUGCUGCUGCUCCUGGAGCAGGACACUCCCUCGCAGGGCUGCAGGUGCUGGGCUUGGGGCAGGGCAGGAGGGACAGCCCACAGAGCUGCUGCACAGGAACACUUCCAAGGCCUUUGAAGGAAAGGAGGGGAAAGGCCUUGGACAUCUUUUUUAUUGUAGAAAGUGUUUUUUUAAAUAAAACGUGGUUUUAUUGGU